CUCUCCACCCUUUUUUGGCCCUCACUACUGCUAUAAGCUCAUGCUUAGUGCCUCACUAGCAAAACCAAACUCCAAAACUCUCCCUACUGUCUCUCCUCUCCCAUUCUCUUCUACCUCCUUCAUUUCCCAUUUGCCCUACUUUCUGAACCUAAAACCUCUACUCUGUCAAGUAUUUUCUUAGCCAAAUAUUCUGCUCUUAAAAAGUUUUGUCCUCUGCCAUGGAAGAAGGUGUUUAAGUUCAAGGUUUUCAGAAUAAGGAAACAGUUGCAAGUGUUGACUCCUUCCUCUCUCAGUUACUCUUUGAAGUGAUAGAGAGAGAAAAGCAACGAAGAGAGGUCCAUUUGCUCAUGUGGGUUGGUUCUCAUAACCAGCUUCUGCUUAUGGUUGCUGAAUUUGCUUGUUUUUGUUGUCUUCUGUCUGCCUAAGACCAUAGAGCAAAUGAGAUGACUAUUCAAAGCCUCAAGACCAUAUAGUCCCUCCUACAGUCCACCCGACUCCCUCUCUCUCUCUCUCUCUCUCACACACACACAGACACACACAAACAUCAAUCAACUGCAAUUACAUAGUAUUAAAGGUUAUGUUUCUAGUUAUCAUUAGUGGGUCAUUUACUUUGGUCUGAGAGGAAGAAGGAUGUUGUAGGUAUGGUGUCAAGAAGCCACAGUUUCCUAGUUGUGUAGUGUGUUGCUUCCAAAAGAGUGGACAAUUAUUAAGAAAACUCCUAAAAAAUUUGAGUCUGCCAGCACUUUUAAUUUAAUCAUAUAGGUUCUUCUCCACUGUUUUGUUCCUUCUCUUUUGGUCUCCAAACAAACAACAACAAUAAAAAAAAGGCCACAGAGGGAGAAGAGGGUGAGGACUGAGGAGGCUAGAAAUGGAACUUUCAAGUCAGGAAGGAGAGAUACCAAUUCCAAUCAACACUACAUAUGGUGGGGGACAUGGGCAUGGGCACAUGAUACAUGACCCAACACCCCACAACCACAUUAUACCUUCUUCAGCUCCCCAAAUCCCCUCCAAUGGCCCCAUAUCCACAACACUGGAGGACCAUAUGCCCUACAAAAAAAUGGUCAGAUAUAGAGAAUGUCUCAAGAACCAUGCAGCUUCCAUGGGUGGGAAUGCCACAGAUGGGUGUGGUGAGUUCAUGCCCAGUGGAGAAGAGGGUACCCUACAAGCCCUCACAUGCUCAGCCUGUAACUGCCACAGAAACUUCCACAGAAAAGAGAUUGAAGGAGAGUCCUCAUGUGAUUUCUACCACAACCCCUACCCCAACAGGGUAGGAAGGAAAGUCAUUCUGGGACAUCACAAGACCAUUUUAGGGCCAGAGACUUUGGGGUACCCAACAGGAACCCUUAUAUCUUCCAGAGCAGCUCAACCCCACCAGAUGAUAAUGUCAUAUAAUAUGGGUUCUUUACCUUCAGAGUCGGAUGAACAAGAAGAUGGUGGUGGUGGUUUUGUCGGUAGACCACCUCAAAUGGUGAAGAAAAGGUUCAGGACAAAGUUUUCACAGGAACAGAAAGAGAAAAUGCUCAACUUUGCUGAGAAAGUUGGGUGGAAAAUUCAGAAGCAAGAGGAAGCUGUGGUGCAACAGUUCUGUCAAGAAGUUGGAGUCAAGAGAAGAGUCCUUAAGGUUUGGAUGCACAACAAUAAGCACAAUCUUGCCAAGAAGAACAUUUCCACUGAUCAAAAUCAAAUUUAGAAAAAAAAAUUGAAAAAAAAAACAACUUUUUUCUCUUCCAUCUGCUGGGUAGCUUAAAAUAUUACCAUCUAUUUCUUUUUCCUUUUUAACAUUUUUAUUCCUCUUGUCUGCUUUUGAAGUUAUUAUCUUAUAUUAUUUGAAAUAACAUUGGUAAUGUAAUGUAGGUUAAGGAAAUUGGAUUUGGGUAAAGUUUGAGUUGUGAGUGGUUGUUCUUGUCCAACCCAUUCAGUGUAGAUUG